UUUGGAAAGGCGGGUCUCCCCCAUCUCUUGCUCUGUGGCAGUCACUCUCCUUGCAAGGAGCUGGGUGGAGCCCUGCCUGUAUAAAACUUCCCAGUAGACUCCUUGGAGCCAGCUGCUUGUGGCAGGCGGGCUGGGGAAGGCUGAAUGAGUACAUAUUGGCCAGCUGGGAUCUUCGCAGCUGUCUCCCUGGACAGCGUUGCAGUGGGGAGGUCGGAAAGGAAUCCCAUUGAGUUCCAGGCCAGGGGAGCCUUGAAAGGAAGAGCCCAGCAGCAAGUGAGCAUGGAGCGGAGCUACCUCUCCCAGCUCCUGGCAAGCUGGUGGCUCUUUUGGAAUCUCUUCGCCAGCUGCCAAGGCACCAAGGGGAGUGUGCCCAGACUCCGCCUGUCUUACAAAGAUCUUUUGGCUGCUAACCGCUCAAAGCUGUUCCUCGGCCACCGGGGCUUCCCAGACUUCCGCUCCCUGUAUCUGGACGAAUACCGCGACCGGCUCUUCAUCGGGGGAAAAGAUACACUCUACUCUCUGUGGCUGGAUCAGCCCGGCAUGGACGCCAAGGAGAUUUCCUGGCCCCCUCUCCCUGGACAAAAGGAGGAGUGUUUUCAGAAGGGGAAGGACCCAACGACGGAAUGCUCCAACUACGUCCGAGCACUUCACCCCUUCAACCGCACCCACCUGCUGGCCUGUGGGACAGGAGCCUUCCACCCUGUAUGUGCCUUCAUUGAUGUGGGACAUCGUGGCGAGCACGUGUUCAGCUUGGAUCCCACAAGUGUGCAGAACGGGCGGGGCAAGUGUCCACAUGAGCCCAACAGGGCCUUUGCAAGCACCUUCACUGGAGGGGAGCUUUACACAGGCCUUACUGCAGACUUCCUGGGCCGGGACUCGGUGAUCUUCCGCAGCAUGGGGUCCCGCUCAUCUCUGCGCACUGAGAUGGAUCAGCGCCUGCUGAAUGAUCCAAAGUUUGUGGCCGCCUACUUGAUCCCAGACAAUGACGACCGGGACAAUGACAAGGUCUAUUUCUUCUUCACGGAGAAGGCAGUGGAGUCAGAUGGCAAAGGCCGCGCCAUCUUCAGCCGCGUUGGGCGAAUCUGUGUGAAUGAUGCAGGGGGCCAGCGGGUGCUGGUUAACAAAUGGAGCACCUUCAACAAAGCCCGGCUGGUGUGCUCUGUCCCAGGGCCUGAUGGGAUAGACACCUACUUCGAUGAACUGGAGGACAUCUUCUUACUGAGGACCAAAGAUGGGAAGAGCCCUGAGAUCUAUGCCCUCUUCAGCACCAUCAGCAACGUCUUCCAAGGCUUUGCCAUCUGUGUGUACCGCAUGGCAGACAUCUGGGAAGUUUUCAAUGGGCCCUUUGCCCAUAAGGAUGGCCCGGAUCACCAGUGGGCAGCAUAUGAGGGCAAGGUGCCCUACCCCAGGCCAGGAGUUUGUCCCAGCAAAACCACCAACCAGCCCAGCCGGCAGUACAGCUCCACCAAGGAUUACCCUGACGAGGUCCUGCACUUCGCCCGUGCUCACCCACUUAUGUAUAGGCCCGUGUACCCGUUGCACCGUCGUCCUGUGCUAGUGAAGACCAACCUGCAGCACCGGCUGCGGCAGAUUGUGGUGGACCGGGUGGACGCUGAGGACGGGCAGUAUGAUGUCAUGUUUCUCGGGACAGAUGCCGGCUCAGUACUGAAGGUCAUAGCCCUUCAGAAACGAAACUUCGCCACAGCCGAAGAAGUCAUUCUGGAGGAGCUGCAGGUUUUUAAGGCUCCCAUGCCUAUUACCGAGAUGGAAAUCUCUGUCAAACGACAAAUGCUCUACGUGGGCUCCCGGGGGGGGGUGACCCAGGUGAAGCUGCACCAGUGCGAGACCUACGGCACGGCCUGUGCCGAGUGCUGCCUGGCCCGGGACCCCUACUGCGCCUGGGACGGCAUCUCCUGCGCCAGGUACCAAGCGUCGAGCAAGCGCCGGUUCCGCCGCCAGGACAUCCGGACCGGGAACCCCGUGCACCAGUGUCUGGAUCAGAACCUGACCGUGGAUGAUUUCGACAGCGCCGAGGAGAAGGUGGUGUAUGGGACGGAGCACAACGGCACCUUCCUGGAGUGCAUCCCCAAGUCGCCCCAGGCCACCGUGCAGUGGUUCCUUUGGAGACCCCACGAUGAGCGAAGGGAUGAGGUGAGGCGUCCUUCCCCCGCAUGA